AACAAAACGAGAGCCGGUGUUCCACUCCACUCCACUCACACUCGCACAGUCGCACUCCCACCGCCACUGAAUCAACGUCAACAUCCUCGAGCAUUUCCUUCCUUUCCUAUCGAAGAAAGGGGGAGUCGAAGGGGGGGAACAAGAAAGAAACAGAAAAGGAAAGAAAAAGAAAGAAAGGGAAAAGUAAAGAAGAACAAGAAAGAAAAGGAAAGAAAGGGAAUAACAUUAGCUGGGGACUCCAUAAGUAUUCACUUUUCAUUUAUUAAAUGACAUACAUUGCUGCUAGUUAAUUGCUUGCUUGUGUAGAUUGAGAUUGCCCUGCUUUAAGAGUUCAUUUAUUGUUUUUUUUCUUCAUGGCUCUAAUUGGUAUUUUAUGAUACAUUAGUUCAUUUAGUUGUGCGAUGUUGCUUUACCUGGCCAUGCAAAGCUAGUCUCUCAAGAUUCUUCUACAUGCACGGUUUCUAUCACCACUCCAGCUAUGUUUGGAAGCUCAAAGAGGUUAAUUUCAUCAUGCACUCUCUACAGUGAUGAAGGUCCUGAGCCAUGGCUCCGUAAGACUAGUACUGAUGCUUGGCUUUCUACUGGCACUGGGGAGGCAAUUGAUGGGGCUGAUGGUAUAUCUCAUGAUCAGGGAGAUGUGUAGUGUACUGUGCUGUUAGUUAUGAAGAUGGUAAUCUUGAGGUCUUUGAUGUGCCCCAUUUUACCUGUGUUUUCUCCGUGGAUAAAUUUGUGUCGGGAAGGAGUCGUUGACACCUUGACCCAACAAGAUCCAUCUCUUGGUUCUUGUCUAAAAAGUUCUGGCGAGGUUUCUGGACAUGGGAAAAAGGAAGCCCUUCAGAAGAUCAAAGUAGUUGAGUUGGAAAUGCAGAGGUGGGCAGGGCAACGUAGCCGUCCUUUUCUUUUUGGAAUAUUAUCUGAUGGAACAAUUCUCUGCUACCUUGCCUACAUUUUUGAAGGUUCUGAAAAUUAUUCACCCAGCUCUAUUAAUCCUAGUAACAGUUCUGGUACCUCUAGGCUUCGAAAUUUAAGAUUAGUACGCGUUCCACUUGAAAAUUAUGCAAGGGAGGAGGUAUCGUCUGUAAAACGAUCACAGCGCAUAAUUUUUUUUUUAAGAAUGUUGGUGGUGAAACGGAUCUGAAUGAAUCACCAGGGCGCUCUAAAGAUUUGCCAUCUUCCAUCUCUACUAUCCUAUGACAACUAUUGGCCAGUUCAGAAGAUUGACAGAAAUGCAUACACUACAUGCUUGUACAUGAAAGCAGUGAAUUAAAAAGCACUUUAUCAGCAGCCUUAUGUUUGGAUGCGGGUCUAAAGGAGAGGUCGUCGUCCACUGUGCCAGAAGAGUUGAUCGUUGGAGGAGAUCAUCGUAAAUAGGAUAUGAUGACGUGAAUGUCCAAGAGCCUUGGCACUGAGCCACCUACUACCGCGCAGGUGGAGAGGCACCAGACUGAAAGUGUGAUAUUAUCUCCAACAAGCAUAGGUUGAUUGUGAAAUAUUCAGACCAUAAUAGGGUAAUAUUUGUGAUUCUGAAAUAAAGGUAUUUGGAUGAGCUUUUUCUCCCAAUUGUGAAGAAAAUACGGACAUCGCUUCUUUUUGCAAGUUGAUCCCUUUUUUGCUUAUUUGUUUCUUAAAGCUUUCGACCAAUAUACUUCUAUCUCUAAGAAACAUAUAUUUUGUGAAAAUGUUUUCUAAACAAAUCAUAUUGGGCAUUUGUUUGAUCGCGCAACGCGCGUAUCAAAACUAGUAUUCAAUAAGGUUAAGUCAUGUAUUGAAUGUACCAAAACUUCCACAUGUACCAAAGAGUUUGGUAAAUUAUAUGGUACACCCGGAUGUACCAUGAGUUUUUUGUCGGAUGUGCAUGGUACAUCCGUGUUUUUUGUAAUUGUAUCAAACAUUGAGGGCAUUAAUUUGGAUGUUUGUUCUCUCUUUUGCUUUUAGGCUUAACGUGAGCUGCCAUGAAUUUUUGUAAUUACUUGCAAAAUGGAGAUUAUUAAUUAGGGAAAAUGGUGUUUGUUUCAUUUAUUUCUUUUCUGUUGCUUCUUCGGACAAUCGGUGUCUUCCCACUUUCUCUUCACCUUUGUUUUCAUUUCUUUAUAUUUUAC